UGGUAUAUAAACGGCAGCAAUAUCCUCUCGCAGCUUCUUCUCUCUGAGUCGAUCGCCCAAUUUCCCAAUUCUUGCUCUACGGGGUUUCCGUCAAGCCCUUCACAUAUCUGCUUGGCGACGUGUUUCCUCAUCGACAAUUUAUCCCGAAAAGUCCCUAAUCGAACGAGAAGAUUUUCGAUUCCAUAAAAGUAUCAAGAUGUUCUCAUUGAGUGCAAGCUUGAUUCCAAGCUCCACCACCCAGCUAGUGAGAUCAGAAGUACAGAAAGUGGGACAAAUCAAGCCUAAUGGUCAUUGUUUGUUGCCUCCUAGACCACUUAGCAUUCAGCCUGCAACAUUUGGAAGACAAACACAAAUUUCACAAUUAAAAUCUGCUGCUUUUAUCUGUGCUUCAGCUUUGAAUGCUAGAUGUGGUGCAGAGCAGACUCAAACAGUCACACGUCAAUCAUCAACAAUCACCAUUGCUCCUGUUCAAGGGAAAGAGAAGUCUCCGGAUCUUGAUGAUGGAGGGACUGGAUUUCCUCCACGUGAUGAUGAUGGUGGUGGUGGUGGUGGAGGUGGAGGAGGUGGGUGGUCCGGUGGGUUUUUCUUUUUUGGGUUCCUGGCUUUUCUAGGGUUCUUGAAAGAUCAAGAAAAGGAAGGUGCCUAUGGGGAUGAUAGGUGAAGAUUGCAUAAGAUAUGUGACUAGAUAGUUUCCAUUAAAGGAAUAUAUUUUAUUUGUGAAUUUUAAGGAAAUAUCAAAGGCACUUUGUAUGAAUAAUUUACCCUUUAGCAUUGCCAUUCAUUACA